CUAAUGCCGAAUGUCUAUAAUCUACCCUUCCCCAAAAAUUACGUUCGCGUUGCCGUCGCCGAGCCUGAUUUGAACAGCGCCUUCUUUCGCCGCGUAACAGACCUUCCUCCCUACAUUGCUGAUCUUAAGCCUUUAUCGCUCCAUAUUUUCGUAGAAUAG